CAGGGAAAUGUACUGCAUGACCAGUGGUUCCCGCUGGUCUUUUCAGUUGUGUGUAUAUCUGGCUGUGGCUUUAAGUCUUUGUGUUGCUUUACAGGUUUCCACGAGAUCUCUGAAAACCGUGUGGCCGUUCUUCUACUGGCUGGAGGACAGGGCACACGCCUGGGUGUGUCGUACCCAAAGGGAAUGUAUGAUGUUGGGCUGCCCAGUGGAAAAACCCUUUACCAAAUCCAAGCAGAGCGGAUUCGCAAAGUACAGCAACUUGCUGAGGAAAGGCUGGGCAAGAAAUGUGUUGUUCCUUGGUACAUCAUGACCAGUGAAUUCACAUUGGAACCCACAAAGAAGUUCUUCGCUCAGCAUAACUACUUUGGUCUGGUCGAGUCUAACGUUGUCAUGUUUGAACAGCAGAUGCUACCAGCUGUUGACUUCAACGGGAAGAUCAUUCUGGAACAGAAGGGGAGGAUUGCCAUGGCACCAGAUGGAAAUGGCGGGCUGUAUCGUGCUCUGAUGAACAACAAGGUUCUAGAGGAUAUGGACCGGCGAGGAAUCUGCUUUGUCCACGUGUACUGUGUGGAUAACAUCCUGGUGAAGUUGGCAGACCCGGUCUUCAUUGGAUUCUGUGUGGAGAAAGGAGCGGACUGUGGGGCAAAGGUUGUCGAGAAGGCUUACCCCACUGAGCCAGUCGGGGUGGUGUGUCUUGUGGACGGGAUCUAUCAGGUAGUGGAGUACAGUGAGGUGAGCCAGGAGACUGUGGAGCAGAGGAACCCUGAUGGUGGACUCACCUUCAACGCUGGCAAUAUCUGCAACCACUUCUUCACUGUGGACUUCCUCAAAUCAGUGACAGAGGAGUUUGAACCUCAGCUGAAGCGUCACAUAGCUGUGAAGAAGAUUCCCUACGUUGAUGAGCAAGGAAACACUGUGAGACCGGACGUGCCCAAUGGCAUCAAGAUGGAGAAGUUUGUUUUUGAUGUUUUCCAGUUUUCCAAGAAUUUUGUUGCGUUUGAGGUUUUGAGGGAGGAUGAGUUCUCCCCCCUGAAGAAUGCCGACAGUGCUGGGAGUAAAGAUACCCCAUCAACAGCACGGCGAGCCCUGCUAUGGCAGCACUAUCGCUGGGCAGUGCAAGCCGGUGCCCACUUCCUGGAUUCCAACAACAUGUGGAUCCCCCAUCUCAGCCAGCUCCAGGAGGCUGAGGAACUACCUGCAGUUUGUGAGAUCUCUCCGCUGGUCUCUUCUGAAGGAGAGGGUUUGGAGGAGUAUCUGAAGGAUCGGGAGUUCCAUUCCCCACUGCUUUUAACUGAGGACGCACUGGUUGCGCUGGGGCAGCAUCAGUGAUGGCCUUGUGUGAGCAGGCGGAGCUCAUUGCCAAGAGAAGGAUUUUCUACCAAGAACUGGAUCAAGUGCCUUUACUUUUAUACUGUUGAUUUAUAAAACUGAUUCCUGAUUUUUUUUUUAUUUUUACUCGACAGUUUGAAAUAGUGGCUGGGGUUUUAUCCAUUACAGGAGGCUGGGUGUGCCCUGGGUCUAGGCAACAUCUUGAGUUUUGCCCUGGAGAGGGCCAACGCAACGCAGCCACUGUCUCACUCCGACUGCAUCAAACAUGGACUUACUGGGCCAUAGCUGGUCAAUGGGAUACCUCUCUCUGAUAAGCCCCACUGCAGUCAAGGGCCAAUGGGACAUGUCACUGUGAUAAACUACCAUCCAAUGGCAAUAGGACAUCUCACUCUGCUAAGUCCCAUCCAGGUCAAAGAGGAGCUAUAGUGGUUCACAUCUCAAACAUAAGCAGCAGUAACGUGAGUUGGGAAUGUGAUCCUCUAAGCCUGCCACUCCAAUCCUAAUGAUUCUGGCUGGUUUUCCAACAAAUCCCCCCAUCGGGAUCGAUCACUGCCUUUGAUGUAGUUAAUCUCUGAAGGAAUGAUGUAAAGAUUCAGUGGAGAAAUUCACAUGUUCAACGCUGAGCCUCCACUCCCCACAACAUGUCCUGUGACGAUCUUUGUUGUAUAAGCCAUCCCCAGCGGAGGGGCCAGUCACAACAUCAAACCCUUUUAGAAAGAGGUUUAUGUCAACCUCCCUAUUCCCUGGGUCAUCUCUAGCUGAUGAACUCCAUUUCUGUAAAUCUGGUUAUUUACAAACUGAGUGUAGAGGAGGCAUCAUUGCAACAGAGAAGAGACCAUGUUUCACCAGAGACACUACUGGACACACAGAUACCGAGUGUGCCUUAGAAAUCACUGCUGCUGUUAGACAUUAUUUCAAAUCUCACUCCAGGGGACCAGCUCUGAUUCUGCCUGCAGUCUUUCCAAUCUCUCAAAUGGUCACCAUUCUGAGAUUCUGGAGAUGGAUGAUGUGAGAGUGGGACAUACCAGCUUUUUAAUGUUUGUCUGCUACGUCCAAUAUGUACUACUUCGAAUCAGAUAACCGCGAUUAUUUAAAUAAAAAGUCUUAUUCCUGGC